AUGAGUGAGGAGGAGUUACCUACGGUGGUUGUGAGAGAGUUCGACCCAAUUAAAGACAGGAAGAGAGUAGAAGCCGUUGAAAGGAUAUGUGAGGUUGGACCCAGUGGCAAGCUUUCUCUCUUCACCGACAUGCUCGGUGACCCAAUUUGCAGGGUCCGCCAUUCACCUGCUUUUCUCAUGCUGGUGGCGGAGAUGGGUGAAGAGAUAGUGGGAAUGAUAAGGGGAUGCAUCAAAACUGUCACAUGCGGAAAGAAGCUCUCUAGAAAUGGAAAGAACAUAAACACUGACAUCUUACAAGCUACUAAUGCCAAACACGUCCCUGUAUACACCAAACUCGCCUACAUAUUAGGCCUUCGCGUUUCUCCUGAUCAACGGAGAAUGGGAAUAGGGUUGAAGCUAGUACAGAGAUUGGAGGCAUGGUUCAGUGAUAAUGGCGCUGAAUACUCUUACAUGGCAACGGAAAACGACAAUUUAGCAUCCGUUAAGCUCUUCACCGACAAAUGCGGGUACUCGAAAUUUCGUACACCGUCCAUCCUUGUCAACCCCGUUUUCGCCCAUCGAGUCAGGGUGUCUCCGAAGGCCACCAUCAUUCCCCUCACCCCUUCCGACGCCGAGACACUCUACCGCCGCCGUUUCGCCACCACGGAGUUUUUCCCCCGCGACAUUGACUCAAUCCUUAACAACAAGCUCAGCCUGGGCACCUUCCUCGCCGUCCCACGUGGGUCCUACAGUGCUGAAUCAUGGCCCGGCCCUGAUCGAUUCCUGUUGGACCCACCACAGUCGUGGGCCAUGCUCAGCGUCUGGAACUCCAAGGAGGUCUUCAUGCUCGAGGUCCGUGGCGCGUCGCGCGUGAAGCGCACUCUCGCCAAGACGAGUCGUGUGGUGGAUCGGGCCCUGCCGUGGCUGCGGUUGCCGUCGAUUCCGGAUUUGUUCAGGCCGUUCGGUUUCCACUUCAUGUACGGGUUAGGAGGUGAAGGUCCGGAGGCGGUGAAGAUGGUGAAAGCCCUGUGUGAAUUCGUGCAUAACCUUGCUAAGGAAAGUGGUUGCGGGGUGGUGGCCACCGAGGUGUCCACCGGCGAACCCUUAAGGUUUGGGAUACCGCACUGGAAGAUGCUAUCUUGUGAUGAGGAUUUAUGGUGCAUCAAGAGGCUCGGCGAAGAUUACAGCGAUGGCUCCGUCGGUGACUGGACCAAAUCUCCACCCGGAAUCUCCAUUUUUGUUGACCCCAGAGAGGUCUAA